AUUGGUCCGUCUCUCUGAGCAGCGGAGGCAGACAUGAGGCGGUGGUGAGAGCCCGGGCGGAGAGCUGCGGAGCUGAGAUGAAGCGCACACUCGGAGCGGCUCACACCUCCGCGCAGUGUCGGCGGCUCAGGAAGAGGCUCCGCGCCGCUGAAGCUGAAGCUGAAGCUGCUCCGGCUGAGUGAAGGGCUCCGUCCAUGCGGAGGCUAGCGCUCGUCCUGCUGCCCUGUGCCGUCGCCGUCCUGGUGCACUUGUGGUUGGCUCGUCGACCUUCCUCCACCCCGCUGGACAACAACACUCACUCGGGUACUUUUUAAGCCACACUCCCGGGCUGCACCUCCACGAAGCCUGGGAACUUUUUAUUCCGUAACCGAGCGGCGGGCUAACUUCGCUCCACCACCCCGGCUGUGUGUGUGGUGUGUGUUUGGUAGUUUGUGUGUGUGAACAGGUAGUUUGUGUUCGCUCGGAGUGUGUGUGUGGGUUCAUGUGUGUUUGUGUUACACUGGGAAAUGAUGAGAAGAGUGGAAGUGCUGGGCGUUGCUGGGAUAGUCAAACGUCUGGAGACUAAAGCGAGCCGAGCAUCUCUGCCUUGUUACAAGUAGCUGCAACGAUUAAUCGACUCAAAGGCAGUUAAUAGCCGAUUAUUGAACAAUCGAUUCGGUUCAUUUUUAAAGAUUGAUUGUUAAAAAUGUUGGUUUGUAGACACUUCAUUUUAAAGAAUUUUCAGCUUUUAGUCAUUUUGUGAAUUAAACGUAUUUGGUUUUAAACUCUUGCGUUGACAAAAAAAGAUAUAAAUGAAAAUGGAAAAAAAGAUAUUUGUCAUAAUUAUUGAUUUAACAGCUGAUUGAUUCAUGAUUAAAAGCAGAGCAUUGAUUGGUAGUUUGGUCACAUUAAAGAGGCUGAUUGGUGCAAUUUUAAAAUAAUUGGUGCAGAUUGUGAAAAUAUUAAUAUAUAAUGUAUGCAGACACUGCAGGCAGCAACUUCAGAAUUGCAGCUGUCAAGCAUUGGUACCAUCCCCUCUUAAUGAUAUCAUGUUUUUCGCAUCCUAUAUGACAGCAUAUCAAAUCUAAAACAGUUAUAUAAAUUCUAUAAAUUCUUUAUUUAUAAAAAUUCAUAUGAAAAAGGAGAAUUAAUUUGUGUUUUGUGAGUUAUUCAAUAUUUGUGCAGUCGACCUUCAGUGCCACCGUUGCGAUCACUUACUAUCAGGGCUUAAACCUGCGUAUCCUUUGACAGGGAGAGAAAGCUUUACCACCUUUUGAUGCAUGAAGGUGUUCACUGUCAUGAGUUUAAUGUCAGGAUGUGUGAUGGUAAAUCAUUGCAAAGGAAAUAUCUGAGGAAACUGCAGUCAGGAUCAGAGAUGUGAAGCAUAUAUCAGUGAGGUGAGGAAACAAUCGGUGAUUUUUGUGCUCAUAUUUUAUCCGCACAAGGAUGUCAAGUAUCUAUUAUUUAUUUUGGCCUGUUCGGUCAUUUUCUAGAGUGGCCAAAUGUGGAAAAAUGUAAAUUCAGAGAGUGCUUGGACAUUUGCAUAUUCUAAAAAGUAUGCCUCAUAACCCUCAAAGACAAUUAGGUUGUGUAAUAAAAACUAGGUAGCAUUAUACAACAUUUUUGAGUAUUUAGCUUGUCUCUCAGGGUGUCAAAAUCAAACCUUCCCCUAAUGAAUCAGCAAAAUACUAACUGUGAUUUUAAAUUUCUAUCUCUUUUUUUGUCUUUUUUUCUUAGGUUUGGUUCAUUUUUUUCCUUUACACUGUCAGUAAAUGCAGCAUAUUUGGGUGGGAAUUGGCUCUUUGUUGUUAAAGAUAAAUUAUAAUGGCUUUUCCAGAUGAGGCGUUACCUUUCUAUGAAGUUUUGGUGGGAGUGCUGUCAGCGAGACACCAUCAUGAACUGCGACAAGCGAUAAGGGAGACCUGGCUGGGCUACCUGAGAGCUCACCCCCACUUCCAGCACAGGUGUGUAGGCUGCAGUUUAAACUUUCCACUUAUUUUCCUUUUUUAUUUCUUCUUUUUUUCUUCUCCACGGUCAGAUUCAUACUCUGACAACAAAGCCUGAAGCUGGCAGCAAAUAACCGACCAGCACAUCAACACUUUUUAUCUUUACCUGACUGGCGGCCAAUAUUGUUCCUGCCUUCUUUCAUUCUUCUUUUUUUUUUUUGCAAGCUUCCUUCUCAUUCAGCGAUCCGAGCACUGAUAAGGUGUGAUGGCCUUUAAGCAACCUCAGUAGCCAUAGCAACAUGGUGGAUGGAUGGACGAGCUUUAGAAAUGUCUUGGGCUAUUAUUGCAGACAAAAAAAGCUGAAUGCAAUUGUGAUUGUGUUUAUUUUUUUAUUGCAGAGUGGGGGUGAAGUUUAUCGUCGGGGAGCAUGGUUGUGCCAUUCCAGAGGAGGACAGAGAGGACCCAUACUCCUGCUCAAUCCUCAACUUCACAGAGACAGGUAAAACGAUUUAUCAUGCAAAAUAUGGUCAUAAAUCAUCUGUUUUUUACAGACAUUUUCAGGUACUCCAGAAGUGUGAAAUGUUUGAAACUUUUCAAGAUUACAUUUGAAGCAUAUUUACAUCGUCAGCCAUGAAUAUUUUCUUGAUUUCUAGUUGUUACAGCUACACAUCUGCACCGAAACUGCACAUUGCUGAACACAAUCGAAGUUUUCAUACUGGCCCACAGUUUAAACAGUUUUCCCUCUAAGAGUCCUUUAAAUACAGACUGGGAUUUAAAUGCUAGUGCAACUUAUAUUUCUGGCUUUUACUUAGCAGAGUCAUAAUUUAUUCAGUGACGUUAAGAGGAUGUGGAGCUCUCGUUUGUAUGUUUGUGGUGAGUCUCAGUUUCACUGUUAGUACUGAAUUAAACUGAGGUUUAGUUUUGGUAUACUUACGUGCUAUAAAUAAAAAAAAAAGACCACUUUACCUGUAACUAACACUUAUUAUUUUUGCUGAAAUAACAAGAUUGUGAUGCAGAUUAGACAAAAGUAAAAAAUCAAGCUUUAACAGGUCUGCUCUUAAGAAUUGAAGGAAUUCCCAAUCCCUUAUUUUUGAUUAGGUAUUCAAAUUUCAACUAUCGUCCAUAAUUGAUCUUUGGAAAUAUUAAUGAUCAAUUGUUCAAUACCAAAAAGUUCAUUUUGCCUAUAAAAAUAAAACAUUACCAAAUGUGUUUGCCUCAAGCUCGAUUAUUACAGCAACAGUAAACUGGAUAUAAUUGACAUACUUGCAUAGCUACAUAAUAUAUACUCAUAAAUUGUUUAACAGGCUGAACUUAUAAAAAUAAUCUCUGCUGACAUACAGUUGUAAAACAAAAGACUCAAACUGCUGAAUGUAGAGAUGCUGGAAUGGAACUAAACAUAAAAAUAUGUCAGACUGAGUGUUCAGUUUUCUGCAUGUCUGUUAUUAUUGAUCAAAAAUAAACAAAUCCAGGUGGUCAGGUGUUUGUUAAAAACGCUGCUGAGUCGUAACCAGUCAAAUGGCAGAAAAAAAAACACACUAAAGAGGCACUGAUGUUGCUGAUAUGUAGAUUUAUGCCAGCUUUGUCAGUCUGGAAAACCUCUUUACCUAUUUUUGAUGCAUUCUAGGACAUCAGGAAAUCUGAACGCUGGUUGGAUUUAGUGACACAGGUUCUUGUUUCAGAGUAAAUGUUUGGUUAAGAGUAUUUGAAUGAAGAUUUCUGUUUGUAGAGAUAAAUAAAUUAGUAUCAGAUUACCGUUGAGUGGAGUCGUGAUGGUUGAUUGUGUGACGCCUGCUUUUGCUCUCAAUACUGAUACCAAUUGAUCAUCACAAACUACAAAUGAAACAAAACCAGCCCAUGAACUUUGCAUUACUUAUAAAGAAUCUGAAGAUAGAGAUGGGUGUCUCUCUGAUGUGAUUUUACUCAGCUACGUCUCUCCCAAAUUGCGUUUAGUUGCGGUAAUGUAAAAAAAAACGGAGUGCUGCAGAGAAAAUGGAGCUAUUUCCUGUUUCAAUGCCCUGAAAUAUAAACUGCUGUCUGGAGGGGAAGACUUUCAAAGAUAGUAAUCAACACUAAUGAUUGGCUGUAAUACGGGGAGAUGCUCUGUGUGCAAUCUGUUGCUAGCUGAGGUUGAAUAGCGGAGCUGAAAGAGUGAGAAGAAUGCAUGUUCAGAGAAGAAAUAAAGCACUUUUAUUCAUGUUCACACACACUUCAAGGACACCGAGCUGUUUCCUCUCCAAGGCCGGAGCAAAAAUCUCUCCCAGUCAACGAGGCUCUGAGUGCGUACUAACUAUUGCUUGGAAAGUAUAUAUAUAUAUACCGAACUCUGACGCACUCUAUGGGAGGAAAUAAUUGAAUAGGCUUACUGACAGUAAUUGUUAUGUCUUUCACCUUCAGAUUCAGACGUUUUCACUACUUUCCCAGCUGCUUUGGUGUUUUCUGCUCUCAUGCAAACAUAAUUACCGUUCCUCGGAAUAAGCUGUUGCAGAAGACGGUCUUUAGGGUCACGGGGAUGCUUUAUUUUCUGGCCCUUUCCCCACUCUCCGCCGUGUUAAUAGCUGGAAAUGUUGACGUGAUUUGCCUCCGAAUUGCAGGCAGGUAGACAAGCAGCUGUGGUGUUAGAUGUUCAGUGUAAUUGGGAGAGAAACAGACAAAAGCUGCUCUCAAACACAGACGCAGGAUCCAGGUCAAAUCACACAUUCGGGAAAAAAAGGACGGUUGACUUUUGUGGAAGAUUUAUGCGGCCCAGCCUCAUCAGAAAUGAUCAGAGACUUUGUUUGAGUGUUAUUGAUGAAACUGUUAUUCUCUCCAAAACCUCCACGAGUUUGUGUGAUUGGUUUGUUAAACUGAUGUCAACAAGGCUCGAUUUAUUGAUCAGUAAAUCAACGCUGUGACAGCUCAAGACAUUAAUUUAGGUAGAAAGUGGCAGCUUUAUAGUGGUUUGGGUCGUGUGAUUGUUACUAAAAUACAAAAUAAAAUAGUUUUCUUAAAGUCUGCAUUUUGUCAGAGCCGUAUCAGACAGGGAAUUUCAGUCUUAAGGACGAAACACUCAGAAAAACUGUUAAAAUCAAGAAUAACUUUUUUAAAAGGGACAGAAAAUAAUUAAACGAAGACUGAAUCACGCUGUGGCGCAAGAGAUACCAUCCAUCAUCUGUGCUCGCUUAAAUCCAGGUGGUAGAGCAUUAAAGCAGCGAGGCAAUAACAAUUAAUCAGAGCUACAGCUCCACCCGGUGGUUGGUAGCUGCACUACGGCCCAGAUGACCAGCAUCCAAGGCCUGGAAAUAAUACAAUUUUAAUAAUUGAUGUAAUCUAUGAGUAAUUCUUCACUCACAUUCCUCACAUGUUUGUUUUGAAGCAGGAAUGACCAAAAGUUUCAGCUCUAGCAGCAGAUAAAGAGUUUUUGCGUGUUGGAGUUUUGGUUUUAUUGAAGGUAUACGAUUAUUGUCUCGUAAUCGUGAUGUGAUUGAGGUCUGAAGUUAAAGGGUUAAUGUUGAACACUAGAGAUAAACUCAAUCACAUCUGCGUCUCCCCGCUCUCUGCUGCAGCCAUGAUGGAAAACGGCCCAUUUCUCUUCAAAAUUACAGACAGCUGAGUUAAAAGAUCAGAAAUAAUCAUUUGUGUUAAAAUGAAUUUAAUAUCACCAGAGUACUUUGAGUCAGAGACACCACUUUUAGAGAAGCAUACAGGUGCAGCUGAUCGGACUGAAAAUAACAGAUUAAAACAGUCAGUUAAAAAUGUGAUUGACUGAAAUAAACUUAUAAAAUCUGCAGUUUUAAAACAAGAUUAUUGUUUAUUUUUUUUACUUUUAAUGCUGUAAGUUCAUAUUUUAGUUUUUGACAUAGUUCAUGAACCCAGUGAUACAGAAGAGGAUGUUCCAAAGUAAAUAUUAACUCAGACAGUAAAAAGAUUAAAGAGACAUAAAACACAUUUUUUUCCAGUGUUGUAAUAUCACUAUUUUUUAUAAUGUUACCAUGUCCUGAAGUGUUAUAAUUUACCCAUUCAUACAGUACUUUAUAACCCUGAGCCAUAAGUGCAAAACAUCAUGUGAAAAGAAACUUAUCCAAAGAUAAAAAAACCCCUCCGGCUCACUGACUUACUGCCGAACUUUACCAACCAAACUCUGAACACUUGAGGGUUAGAGGUGAAUAUUGACCUGACUUGUCUGUGCUGAAAAUAACCACCAAUAAAAUAAAUAACCAGACUUAUGGCUGAAAAACUUAUUUUAAUAUGCAGGUCAUGACUGUGACACAGUUUGAACAUAAGUUUAAAAACUCCUCACAUGCCUCUAACCAGUACCAGCUGCAGAGAGAAGCUGUGACCGGACUGCAAACAUGACUUAUUGACCAGUAUAUAAAAUAUGUCCAGUGUCCUUGAAUGUGGAAUAAGUCUGAGUUUACAGUUAAUCAUUUAUGGUUCAACUUUCACUGACUCUGACUCUGACUGCACUGCUGACACUAACGUUGAAACAGAAGUACAAACUUCUAAUUAAGAUAAGUUUGAAGGCGACACAUGAACGAAAAGUCCACGGAAACACGCUGAAGUCCUGCAGAUAGAAGUAAAAACAUUUGGUUUGAUGAGGAGCGUCUCUGUGAUCUUCGCCUCUAAUUGUCUUUAUUUUGGAUAGAGCUGCAGAACUUGUGUUGAAAGCGUAUAAAGUAAAACCCCUCUUCCCUUUAACAGCCUUGAUCUUCCAUUGAUCUCCCGGGUAAUAAACUGCUCUUUUGUAAUUAAGAAAGCACACUGACGAGGGGAGGCUGGCUUUGAAGACAGCGGUCUGAAGAAGCAGCUCCUCAAAGUGCUGAUGGUGGAGCUUUACCCGACUCUUCCUCCUCUCCUCUCCGCUCCUCGUCUCUGAAAACAGUCGGUCAGCACGUUGGGAUUGUAAUAAAUUGAGCGCGUGCAGUAAACUUUUGUCUCUGUUGCAGGCCAGGAUGCGGAGAUAGAGAUCGUGACCGUGUCUGACCCCUCCGUGCUCGCCCCCUCCGAUGUGUCCGCCAUCGCCCUGGAUUUCAAGGUGCUCCACCCGGUGGUGAUCACCCGGUUGGGGGUGUUUCCCAGCGGGACUCGGCCUGAGCUUCAGAGCAACGUGACGGUGAAGCUCCUCCAGCUGGACCAGGAGGUAACAGAGACCUGACCUCUGAGACAUCAUGUGUUCACCUGCUGACAGUACUGUAAUACAUAACAAACUGUUUUUACCUGAUUAUCUUUGUGCCGAUUUUAUUACUACAUUAUUUAUGAUACAUUUCACUCAGUAUUACUUUAUCACAACAAGAGGUCUGCUUGUGAUUCAAGCAGCUGCGCAUAACUUUUACAACAAUGUAAUGAGGUAGGGCUGCGCGAUAAGGCCUCAAAUCAAUAUCACGAUAUAUUGAGCAGUUCACCUCGAUAACGAAAUGCUAUGAGGAAACGCUAUCUUGAGUUAAAAUGGAUCUAAACAAUAAAACCAUGAUAAAAUAUAACAAAGGUGAUUAAGUAUUAAAAGUUAAUUCAACAAAACAGCCUUAAAAUCAAACAAAAAAGAAAGUAAAUCAAAAAAGAAGUACUGAAACACAAAAUAAUUACUCUAGGACUAAAAUAGGAUAAAAUCACAUGAUGCAGAUUAAAAGAUUAAAACAAAAUUUAACUAAAAGUCAGACUAAAAAGGUCGGUCUUGAGUUUCCUUUUAAAAAUAUGAACAGUAGGUGUCGCUCUCAGGUCUGCAGGUAGGCUGUUUCACAAAUGGGGACCGUAAUGUUGGAACGAUGAUUCACAGUAUGUUUUAGUUUUUACUUUGGGAACAAUUAAAAGACCACCACCUGAAGACCUGAGGGUUCUACUAGACUCAUACGAUAAAAGCAAAUCAGACAAAUAAGAAGGACCAAGACCAUUAAGAGCUUUAAAAACUAAUAAAAGAAACUUAAAAUCUACUCUGAAAGACAUGAGACCACAGCCUACCUACACAUAUCCAAAACCAACUUUUAUUUAUUUAUUUUUUUGACACUGAAUAUACUGACAUUGGCAAAGUGGCGUCGGUUAUUGUCGUAAAUUUCGGUAUCUGUAAAUUUUCGGUGUAUCGCCCAGCCCUACAAUGAGCUGAAGGUCGAGGUGCAGACAUCCGUCAUGAAUAAAUCCAAAACCAAUCCUUGUAUCAGCCAACCACUGACCUUUACUGUCUCGGUUGAGAGUGGAUACUAUUGUGGAAAACAGCCACCAGGAGCUGCUAGCCAUAUUAUAUGAACUUGAGGUGUCCCACAAGGAUCAGUACUGGGACACAAGUUACUCAAACUUGAUUUAGAAACCAUUCAUUGUUAUUCUGAAGAGCAUAUCACUGAAGGAGGAUGAAACAAAAUUCACGUUAUUGACUUAGAAAUACCUUUGUAAUUAAAUUGUGUUUAUAGAGUAAAUGAAACCACAUUUCUAGAGGUUGCACAGAGGAUACAUGACAAAAAAAAAACAACUUAAAUCUGUUGGUAUCCUUUCAAAAUGAAAGACCUGUUAAAUUAGACCUGUAGAUAUUGUAUUCUUAAGAAGUAAUGUUAAAUACAGAAGUGCUUCAGAUUUGGGAAAUAAACUGUGAAACUGACUCAGAGUUGAGUUAAAGUUGUGGAGCUUCAAAAAAGCCUUAAAAUGAAAACUGAUCGAUUACAAAAUAACUUAAAAUAACUGAGAAUUGAUGAUGAUAAUUAAGAGGAAAUCUUUCUUUGUCUUUUGUUUUUUGUACCGCUGAUGUUUCGAGUCAUAUGAGGAGACAGAAAUCAUUGAUAUAUUCACUCAAACUCUGGACCUGCCUUCCUCUUUAAUAAAUCACUAAAAUAAACGAACAAUAUUCAUAAAUCAAGUGAUUAGUAAGGAGUGAGACAUCUUACGUUUUUACUAUCUCUGCAUUUUGAAUCAUAUUUUGACAGAUUCACAAAGAUCAAUGUGAAAUUUCCUCCUGAAAACUCGACUCAAACGUUGGAGUCUGCACUGAAGCAGGUGUGGUUGUUUUUUAUUUCACUCUUUCUGAAUAAAACAUGAUUUUUUUUUUAAUGUGCAGGAGGCCGUGGUCACCGCUCGCUUCAGCGCCAUCAGCACGGGCACGCUGGUGAACGGGGUUUGGUACAAACCGGUGGAGCAGUUCAUCCUGCCGAAGGUCAGUUCCCAGUCGUAGAUGGAGUCAUGGUGAUGAAAAAUUAAGGUCACCACGAGGUCGUUUCACUGUCACAAGGGACUGUGGUCAAACGCUUCAAACCUUUUUCACCUCUGAACACUGAGAAAUGUUGUAAAUAAAAAGUGCGCAUAGAGAAACAAUAAAGUGUCUUGUUUUCUUUGCUCAGGGUUUUGAAGGGACACUGGUCUGGGAGAAUCUGGACUCUGCCAGUCUGACCACAGUGAACUCUUCCUCGGUCCAGCUCAACGACGGAGGAGGAGUCCUGAAGAUUUCCUCUGUACGAGCCGCCGCCGCCGCUCAAGUGUCAGAAAAUAUCAACACAGAAAAUUCUCUCUGAUGUUUGGGAGUGAAGGAAAAGUUGUGAAAGCUGAAAUCUGUGCCGUUUCCUUGAAUUGCAGAUCGCAGAGGGAAUAUUGCCUCAUAGGAGUGCGCUCGGAUUUCCUGGUUUGGCUGGAGGCUUCACCUUUACCAUCUACGGUCAGUGUGAUAAAAGAAAGUUAAUUUUCCUCUUUUUAUCGUCCAAAUCGCUCGAUGAACCACCUGUUGUGCUGGAAUAAAAACACACUCUGCCUCUCCGUGGCAGGUUAUGAGAUUAGCUCUCUUUUCGCCUCAGGGUGCUUGCAUAUGUGCCAAAUGGAAAUAUCAUUUCUCCCUCUCCUGUUUUCCCCGAGGUGUUACAUUAUUGAUCGAGCCUCCUGCUUGUGUUUGCAUGGGAGUUUAUCCGGGGAUAGAUUUGACGACAUUUUAGGGAAAAUUAAAUGAAGUUCACCAUCCAGUAUCUCUAAAAGCAGAAGGAAUGAUCCGUUCGGAGAAAUAUCGUGGUUUCAUCAUGAUGUUUUGCCGUCUGGGAUUUCAGCUAUUAUCCCUGAAAUGUUCCUUAAUUUAUUUAAACCUCUGCUGAAUAAAUGUGACUUUUUAAAGAUCUUAAAACGCUCUCGCUUCUUCUGUUUUUUCCACCCAUUACCCCCAUCAUGUGCCUGGUUUUACCCUACACGUAUGUCAGAUGGAGACGGCUUGUCGGGGCUUCUGCGGGGCCGCCCGGGCCGCAUGGAACAGCACGCCUCCAGGCUGAGGCGGGAGGACGCCGCGCUGCAAGAGGAGAGCCUGAGGCACGGCGACAUGGUGUUUGUAGACGUGGUCGACACCUACAGGAACGUGCCUUCCAAACUGCUUCAGUUCUAUAAAUGGUAUGCUAAGUGCUAAUGACUCCAUUCUGCGUCUCCAAAUUGCCUCGGUCCUCUGAGGAAAUCAGCAACCUGAAAUGAAAGUGUGUCGUCGUCGCCUCAAAUUGUCUCGCUGUUAGAGUUAGAAGUGAAACCACUCUGUCAGGAGAGAGUGCAGCAGCUGUGAGUCAUCAGGUUGUUAAAACACAGAGAGCUUUAACUUCACAAGAAUACUUGUAUUUAUCAGACCUCCUGGCCCUCGCUCUCAGUGGUAUUUGAAGUAAAUCCACUCUGGAAUAUUAGCAGAAAUCAGGAGGCGGGCUUUAAUUAAGUUUGUAAAUUCGCUCUCUCUCGCAGGUCUGUGGGAAACGCUGACUUUAAUCUGCUGCUGAAGACGGAUGAUGAUUGUUACAUCGACGUGGACUCCGUUUUAAUGAAGAUUGACCACAAAGGUCUCAAGCGCAGCAAUUUCUGGUGGGGGAAGUAAGUCCAAUUUGGUUUCAGAUCCUCUUUAAUGCAUGAGUUUGCUUUGCAUUUCAGAUGGAGGGACUCCUCCAAGGACUGCCCAACUUCUCUCUUAGUCUGUUUAAGGGUUGGAGGUCAAUGCGGCUCUUUUAUCUUUCUUUUGGAAGUUACUUUUUGAGUUUUUUUUCUUACCUUUCUUUAAUGAGGACAGGACUGUGGAUAGAGCAGGAAAAAAAGAGCGAGGAAAGAGGCUCAGGCUGGAAAUGAACCCAGGCCACCUGUGUGUAUGAGCGAGGGCUGGGCGAUAUGGCCUCAAAUCAAUAUCACGAUAUAUUGAGCAGUUCACCUCGAUAACGAUAAAUAGACAAUAACUACUCCAUAAGCUGCUCACCUCCUCCCACAUUAACUUUGUCGGUAACCCUUUCUUUUACGGUACACUUAUUACCAGGUAAUCAACAGGUAAUUACCUAGUAACAACAUGAAAUUAUCUGUAAUUACAUGAUAACUACUAAGUCAGUACUGUCUAGCUACCAGGUAGGUAACCUUCCAUCAUCAUAUAAAUUUGAAGCCAAAUUGCUCUGGUAUUUCCAGGAUUUUCGCCGCUUCCUGGAACCACCACUUAUGUAGUAGCAUUGUACGCAUUCGGCGGGUGAGUCGCUGUGAUAACGCUCGGCUCAAACAGCGGAUCGUUACGCAUUCUUCGCAUGCCCAUAGGCUGUAUCAAGUGUCAAUCAUAGAAAAUAAGAAACCUCAAAUAGCUUUUGAAAAUGGAGCUGCACAGAAAAAAGAAAAAAAAAAACUAGACAGUAUUGACUUAGUAGUUAUCAUGUAAUUACAGAUAAUUUCAUGUUGUUACUAGUAAUUACCUGUUAAUUACCUUCAGCCGACGCUACAACUUUUAAACCGUCCUCCAUCUCCUCACCUGUCUUUCCCUCUUUGUUACGGACUGGAUGGGGUGGAGUCACGUUUCUGACGUAGGACAGCGUCUUAAAGGGACAUGAGACCAUAGCCUACCUACACACAUCUAAAACCAACUUUGAUUUAUUUUUUUUGGCGCUGAAUAUACCAAUAUAAACGUCGGUUAUUGUCGUAAAUUUCGGUUUAGGUAAAUUUUCGGUUUAUUGCCCAGCCCUAAUAUGAACAGUACCUUACCUGCUUGUUAUUCUAUUUUUUUAGUAUCUUUGACCUUUUUUAACUUAUUUAGCAGAAAAAUUUGUAAAAAAGUGAGAAGAGUGAAAGUGUUAUGGACCCAAAACAUGAUAUUUUACCCAGGCGCCAAAAUCUACCAAAAAGUUCCUUAGUGCAUGUUAGCCAUAUUCACACACACGUAUAGAUGAUACCUGGGUGGAAACAGAAGCCGAGGUAAAACACCAUUUAUAGGUGUUUAUAUGUGACUCAUUGACUGAGUCUGGACGUUUAUUAUUUGACGUUCAAAAUCACAGUUUUGUUAUUUUUAUCACAUCGGCAGAAAGAGCAGAGAGGCGUGCAACUUAGAUAAGUAAAAACAGCUCUAUGAUAUGACAUAAUGUGAAUCUACACAAGUGUAUUUAAUUCAUCUCAAAUUGAGACAUCUGUAAAACUUUCUGUUUUCUCAGUUCACUGAUGAAUUUCUCUCCCAUGAGCACUUUCUGCUCGGUUUUAUCUCAUGAACUGAGAGGAUUCUCGACAGAAACAAAACAAGAACGGGGAUCUUAAGCGAGAACAUUAUGUUUCAGUAGUCUCAGGAAACUCAUCAACAAUUCUCCGAUGGAGUCGACCGUGCCUGAACAUUUCUGUGAGAGAAAAACAUCAUUUUUACCAGUGAGGAAAGAGGGAGUCUACGGCGUUAAAGCAGGGAGGUUAGAAAUGUUGAUUUUGUGACAUCGAGCUCAUCUUUUAGUGCCUGCAGACGAUUUUCUACAUUUAUUUUUAAAAAAUGCAUGAAACCCCCCAAAAAACUCAUAUCUCUACUGUACCAUGUGUGCGCAGACUUUAUUUUCCGUGAUUUGACUCACUGAGGAGGAUUUUAAAUGUUGUUGCUCCUCGUGGUCUUUGGAGGGUUAACUGUCGCCAUGUUUGCAGAGUAACUUCGGCGCUCUGUCAGCUGAACUUUAGACGAAAGAAACCAGGAUGUUCUGUCAGACGGUGAUGGCUCGGGUUUAAGGGAGUCAGGAUGCGAACAUGAUGUUUCUGACCCAGUUUCAGGCAGAGCUGGGCCGUGGAUCGCAUCGGGAAGUGGCAGGAGCUUGAGUACCCGAGCCCGGCGUACCCGGCGUUCGCCUGCGGCUCCGGAUACGUCGUCUCUCGGGACCUGGUUGAGUGGCUCGCCAGCAACGCAGAUAAACUGAAGGCCUACCAGGUAAGACGACCUCAGAGGAGUGACUGGAUGACGAUGCUGAUAAAAUAAGAGUGAGUAAAAGUAACGUCUGGAUGUGCCGCAGGGAGAAGACGUGAGCAUGGGGAUCUGGAUGGCAGCUGUAGGACCGCAGAAAUAUCAGGUAUUCAUCAGCUUCAAAACAUCCAUUAAAAAGAAAAAAACACUUUGCACCAUGGCAACGCAUAAUUCAUGAGAGAGUAAUGGUUAUGAAGAACACUUUCCCUAAUUUUGUUGAGCUCCUUUCACACAGACGCUCUUCACUCACUCGGAGGCGCAGAUUUAUGUUGAUGCUGGUGGAAGAACCUCAAACCUCAAAUGACCUGAUGUUGUUCUGAAAAAGCCGUUUGAGCCCCUUUUAAAUAAUUAAACACAACAUGAAUGCAAACACAUACCCUGAUGAUGAUAUACUGCAGGGUGAAAUUAAUCAAUACAGAAAACUCACAUCAAUAAAAAGUAAAGAGCAAAUCAUCGACCCGACGCCGCGGAGAGACUGAAUCUACUCUACGACUAAAGUGAGGGAGCCGAAGUAUAUAUAUAUGUGGAGCGGACUUUUCUCUGCUUGUUGAUUAAUCACUUUCUAAUAUCCCACUGCAAAUGAUCAGCACCAAGCUUUUAAUGAGACAAGAUAUAAUUAUAAAUCAAAAGUUUAACAGGCUCUCACCGGGGAAGUAAUUAAAACAGCAGCAACACUGUGGAACAACCCCGACACAAAAACGUGACGAUGACGGGAAUAUAUUCGAUCAAAACACAUUAAAGUCAUUUAACUUUAAAAUUGUGCAAAAACAACAUUUGUAUGACGUUUCAAUGGUAUUUUUGCGAGAGUGUAUGUUCAUGCUACAGUUUUAAAAAGUUCGGACAGGGACAACAAAGUUCUGAAAAAGUUCUGUGAUGGAAUAAAAUCACCAGAAACCCGACCGGGUAGAAAGGAGCGUUUUAGAGUGGCCGUGAGGAGGUUCACGACCCUGUGAGAGACUGUGUGUGCGAAGGAUUUCACAAUUCAAGAAUAACACGUCAUUAAACGAUUCAGAGAAAGUCAGAGAAGUCAGGCGGCACUGCUUUAAAAAAAACUGUUAAAGAGGGUUAUCAGAUACGCCAAGACCGUUGAAGUUAGACUAAAGUGGAAAACCGAUCUAUGGUCUGAUAAAUAAAACUUUGACAGUCUCCUUGGAAACCACAGAAACCCUAUCCCCCACAUUUAUUAUCACUGGACUCACAAAUGCAGGUCAACUUAACUUCAGACCGUUUAUCAUGGACUUUAAAAACUGGACUGAAGAAUUAAAAUCUGAUAUUCUUCCAGGAAUUCAUGGAAGUUAAAUCUCCCACUCUAAAGCCUGAUGAAUACUGGAGUCAAAUCUACACUGUAGUUUACUACGGUGACCAUAUUCUGAAUCCCCAAAAAGAGCACACAUCUACAGAGUCACGCGGAGUUAAAUUUAGGAGUUUUUCGGGUGGGAUCAAGUGGUUUUUUACACGCUUCUAACUCAGUAAAUCCACAUGACACAAACUCAAAACUUCCAAACAAAACCCCGGACAUUUGAAGGAUUUUAUAAACUCCCCAGGACAGGCCGGACAGCCCCACAAAAAGAGGACAUGUCCAGGUAAAAGAGGACAUAUGGUCACCCUAAGUUAACGUCAUAGGUCCAUGAAGGCCUGACGCUUCCUGAUGAGCGCCUCCAACCACGAGUAGAAUCAACACAGACCACAAACCCUGUGAUUGGUCCGUUCGGCAGCAUUUUAUUCCUGUAUUUACAACAGACAUAAAUCCAUAUCCUCCAUGUGUCCUUUCUUCUUCUUCAUAAUUUUAUUCUGAUCGACUCAAAUCGAACAUGUUAAUGAAUAAAUGCACCGCUGUGGUUCCUGAAGCACAAACUGUAGCUUUGAAAGGAUUUGUAGAAAGUUCUUCCUCCAACAGUGAAGACACACCGGCACACAGGUACGCUGUGCUCACAGCAGUUUAGGCCACUAUAGCUACAGAGGAGAUUCAAUGCGGAGGUGUAAACAGGCUGAAAGCCAGCACCCGUGAUGGUGGGGGGUGGUUAAAAGCCUUCGGCAAUGGUAGCUCACACAUCUGGGAGGGCGCCAUUAACGCUGAACAUUAUACACCAGCUAUGGAGCGUCAUAUAUUAAACAUUAGGUUCAAACGACUUCAUCAAAUCUUGUUUUUCUUUUCCAGCAUCUGGCUCAGCAUCCCGACGUUUUGGCGUAGGUGUUGUGGUGAUAAAAGUCUCACAUGAGCACAAAUCAGAGAGAGUAUCUCCCAUCGAAAACAAAUCAGACAUCACCUGCAGAACGCACUCCUGCAGUCCAACCCUUAAAGGCCGCGGCUGAUGAAUAACACAUUUUCCCUUGCCUGUAUGCACUGUAUAUACUUUAUUCAUCCUCGAGCCCUGCAGCCCUGAGACUGUGGAAGUAAAGAGCGCUGCACUCUGUGUGUGUCGAGCAUCUGCUGGGAAACCACAGUUUGAAUUUGAUGCAUGCAUGCAAAACUAUUCCCACUCCUCCUUAGUGGGCAUUUCACUGCCUCGUACAUUGUCGGAGUUGCAGAGUGGAGGUGUCAGAGGUCAGAGUGAGGCAUGCCGACUUCUCUGCUGACUGCAAACUCAACACAAAUGUCUGUGCAGGUAAACACGGCGUCUGUUUUCGUGUUUCUGCAGGACCCCGGCUGGCUCUGCGAGAAGGAGUGUUACCUGGACAUGCUGUCGUCUCCUCAGCACACGGCGGAGGAGCUGCACAACCUCUGGGACAGGAAGAGGACCUGUGGAGACCCCUGCGGCUGUCCCUGGGGACACUAAAAACCCGGGGUAACACGCACUCAGCACCACGGCGGGCUGUUGCUCCUUGAAACUCCAAACCGAGUGAUUUCAGACUUUUAUGAGUUACUAUUUAAAGAGAAAUACUUUUGUGACUGUUGGACUCGGAGUUAGGAGUUAAGAGUUUAAACUUUCAGCAUCAUUGCAGGUUUGAAAUUAACAAAAACACUGAACAUAAAGAACCAUCUGCUGCUCCAGGUUCAGUUAAAAAAAACUCACAUUUAGCUUUAGCAUACUGUUAGCAUCUGCAUCAUGAACUCAGUGACUAAAUUUAAGAGUAAAACGUCCUCAGAGGAAGAAAUACUGUGGAUAUCUGUGUGUGCACAAUCACUGCUGUAAGACUUGAGUCAUUUGUAAUACUUCAAAUCCAGGUUUUAAAAGGAUAUUUGACGGGAUUUUAAAGACGACUGCUCGACAUCGCUGUAUUUUGUAAAUUAUAGUCUUAAGCUUUUCAUCCUCUUCACUCUUUGUAGAUUUAUGAAGACGCUUUUUCACAGACACACACACUUUGUACUGUUACCGUCAUUGUGCAAAUGGUGAUGUGGCCUUACUGUCUUUGUUUGGCGUCAUGCUGUACGUAUGUAAACACAGAUUUGAGUGUUUUUGAACCUUACACAGUCAGAGAAGCUGUGAAAUAGAGCCACUAGUUUAACUCUGGUUUUAUGAAACCGUCCUCACAGAAAAUAAAGAAUCACCUUGAAGAGAU